AUGGUAGAGGAAAAUAAGAUUAUGCCAAUGGUAAACUUCAGAGGAGUUCAUCCUACUCAUAUAUUAUUUGCAGAUGAUGUGUUCUUAUUCUUUAAUGGUCACAAAAGAAAAAUUCAAAAGGUGUUGAAAUUACUACAAGAUUAUCAAUCAUCCUCUGGACAAGUAGUAAAUCAGAUGAAGAGUAAAAUUUUUGUUGGUGGUGUAAGUGAAGCAAGGAAACAACAAAUUGCUAAUGAAUAUCAAAUGAAUCUAGCUAAUUUUCCUGAAAAAUACUUGGGAGUAAUUUUGCAACCUGGAGGUGUGAAAUCAAGUACUGUUUGGAGAGUGGUUGAAAUGCUACAAAAUAGAUUGGCUAGUUGGAUUGGUAAAAUGUUGUAUUUUAAAGAUAGGCUUACUCUAAUUAAGUCAAUAUUAUGCAGCAUACCAAUAUAUAACAUGUCAGUGUACAAGUGGCAUGUAAGUGUGGUGAAGAUUUGUGAAAGACUCAUUAGGAAUUUUUUAUGGACUAGUGAUCCAUAUGAUAGAAAGUGUGUAACUCUCAAAUGGGAUGAAACAUGUGCUCCAAUGGAGAAAGGAGGUUUGAGCAUAAGAAGGAUGGAAGUGAUUAACAAGUCUUUAUUAAUGAAGUUAGUAUGGAAAAUACAAAAUUCAAAGGCUGAAUGGGCAAGAUUUAUGAGAGCAAAGUUUUACACAAUAAAUGGUGAAUGGAUUUCAGGUUACAAGAAGUCUUCAAUAUGGUCUGGUUUGAAAUGGGUUAUUGAUGAGGUAGAAGAAUUGCCAAUAAUUUCAAGACAAGAGGACACAGGGAUUUGGUAUGGUACAAUGUCAGGUGAGUUCACAGUUUCAUCAGCUGUUGAAUUAAUAAGAUUACAUUACAAUAAGGUAAAAUGGGCUAAAUAUGUAUGGAAUUCAGUUCAACAUCCCACAACUGCUAGUAAUAUAUGGAAUUAUGAUUUUAUGAUUUUCAAGUAUUUUGAGUUGAAAAAUCAACCAAUAAAGAUACAAAUUAUUGUGGAGAUUAGAUUUCAUCUCCCUGAAAUAAAUCAAGCACUGAUAUGUUAUGAUGGUGCUUCAAGAGGGAAUCCAGGUGUAGCAGUAUAUGGUUUUAUAUGCAGAGGAGAUCAUGGUGAAAUUAUAUAUGUUGAAGCUAAAGGUCUGGAUAUUGCAAAUAACUUCAUUGCUGAGGUAAUGGCUAUUAUAGGAGCUGCAGAAUGGGCAGUGCAGAACAGUAAGUUUAAUAUUUGUAUAAACUCAGACUCUAAUGCAACAAUAAAAGCAUACAUCUCUGGAAAGCUACCAUGGAUCUGUCAGGUGAGAUGGAACAGAAUAAAACAAUUAUUAUAG